CAUUAGCAAUGCCGUUAGCCGCCGAUAGGACGUCUCAGCAUCAGCAUCAGCAUCACCAUCACAGACUCUCAACGACAGAAUACGCGUCGAUAUAUUUUCCAGUAUAAGGCAACAGGAAACCAUCUGUUUGACAGCAGUUAAGUAUGUAGCUGAUUAAUUGUGAGUCUGCUAUUUUCCGUCUGGGUGGAUUUGGCAAAGAAGAUGGCCACUUGCUUGCAGGAACAUACAGUAGAGGGGCUCGGCCUGCGUUAGCAUCAUCUCUCCAGCACCACUGUGACGAGAAACAAGCAUGUCUACAUAUCCUUGUCUUUAUUAAAUGCCAUUGUUGUCGCAGACAAGACAAAUGCAACGCUGGGAAUGUGAUAAACCGUGAUAUCUUUCUAUACUUAAUAAUUCAAACUUUAACCCCCAGUUAUCUGCAUUAGUAAGGGGGAAGCAUCCAAGUCUCCGAAGUCGGGGAUUGGAUGUGCGUUGUUACAUAUACGUUAACAUUCUUAAUAAUGAAAUUGUUUGCCAGUGCAAUCAGACAAAAUCAUUUAAUAUUUUGAACAUUUUAGCAAAUCAAACUUAUCUCUCCACGUGCCGCCAUAAUGAGUAACAUUUAAAAUACAGUGCUGGAGAAGGCCUACGAGUUCAACUAAUAACGAGGAGGUAGUUUAAUUCCUAAACAGUAUACCUGUAUUAAUUCAUGUAAGCCAAUAUAAAAUUAUGCACAGUUUUGAAAAAAGAAAAUGUAUUAAAUAUAUUGAAAUCUUCUUUUGCAUACCCACUAUAGCGAGCCCACGUACCACACUUAGCGAAUCACUGGUGUGCACCUUGUGUGUGUGUUUUUUGUUUUUUUGUUUUUUGGAGGCAGAAAUGAGUCGCUGCUCUUUGGACAACAACAACUUUCCGUACGACAACAAUGUCCUGGUUCUGGACAUGGUGCUGGGUUCCCUCUGGGGACUGUCCCAGCCAAUAGACUGGGACAGUGUGGCCAAGCUUGUUCCAAGCUUCACUCCCAAGGAGUGCGCACUUCGAUUUGAGGAGUUGAAAACGUCUGGAGGUCUUCCUCAUGCGGACGACCAUUGUAAUGCAGGCACAAUAGGAGCGCCCUCAGAUGGGAUGUCCACCAUACUGGACACUGGUCAAGCAGCGGGGACAGGAAGUAAUCACAGUGCCUGCCGCAAAUCAACACUCUCAGGAAGUGUUUGUGCACUGGAGAAGAAGGACAAAAGAGUCUUGACUGAGGAUGGUGACAAACCUCAAAAACUAAGAGACCCCAACAUGGUUAUCCACGUGUGCGAUGAGACCAAGAACCUGAAGCAGGACUUCGCAUGUCCCAGAGAUCUUCUAAUCAAAGAGAUGCGCUACUUUGCAGAGUAUUUGUCUGUGGGCUCGCAGAGAUGGGAAGAAGUGGACAUCUCGGUUCACUGCGAUGUUCAGAUCUUCGACUGGCUCAUGAACUACGUCCGGAGGAACUCAUCCAAGGAUAAACCUCGGCUCGAGCCCAGCAAUGUGAUCUCAAUCCUCAUCUCCUCCGAGUUCUUGAAGAUGGACACGUUAGUGGACGAGUGUGUCCAGUACUGUCACAAACACAUGAGCGCCAUCGUGGCCACACCCUGCAACAUGAACUGCAUCAACAGCAACUUGGUGUCGCGGAUCGCCGAGCUCUUCAACCAUAACGAGGCAGACGACGUCAGAGACAAAAAAGAUAAAUUCAAGAGCAAAUUGUUCCAAAAGAAGAUUGAGCUUCUCUUCGACCCAAACUACCAGAACCGAGAUUCUCCAAGAAAUGCCGCAACUCUCUACAGGUGCGGUCUGUGCUUGAAGAUGCUGACUGAAGACACACAGAGGAAGAUUUCGUGUGUGGCAGGCAAAAUCAAUAUUGACUCUCAUGGGGAGAUUGUCUAUACACACUCAAGGCAGAAGAACUGGGAUGCCAAUGAAUAUGUUAGCAGUCUACACGAGGAGCUCAAAUCAUGGGCCCUGGUUUACUGGAAAAUCUGGGGAACCAUCAACUGUCUUACCUGCUCCCGUUGCCAACAGGAGUUUGUAUGCGCAGAGCUGACCCAUUGCCGGUACCACCCAGAAAGCGUCAUGUACCCCAGCUCGGGGGUGGGCAAAAGCUGGAAUGGGACGGGACUCUACCCCUGCUGCAACCAGACGGUACUGCGCUUUGACCCAACUGGUAUGCCCAAGGGUUGUAGAAUGCGAGACCAUAUCGUGAAUGUGCCGAAUGAGGACGACUGUGACGAGGCCGCCUCGGCUCACACCAGAGUCCUCAAUGACCUCCUGCUGCACAGAGACGCCGUGUGUGUGUCUGACUCGCCACGUGCCGUUCGAGAUGAAGAGUGCGCAACCAAUGUGGAGAAGGACUGCGAUGUCCUCUUAGAACCAACACUGCUCAGACCUCCAAGAGGAGAAUUGAGCACAUUUUCUCUUUUGAAAAACUGGAGUCUGCGACUGAGGCGGCAGUCGCUCCUGUCAGAGGAUGAGGAGUACACCACGGGGUCGGAGGUCACCGAGGAUGAGGUGGGAGAUGAGGAGGAGUUGUCCAAGAUGCAAGCAGCUGCCAAGAAGGCCAAGAGGAACAGCAGAGUCCUUAAAAAACAAAUUUCCUCGCCAAACCUCCAGCGAAAGGUCAAACCAGAUAAAUCACAGUCCAGAGACAACACUCCUUUCAUAGUGAGUGUCCAGAAAAGUAAGUGGGACAGUACUCGUUCCAUGCGGUACAACCAGGAUGCUCAGAGAGAAGAAGACCAGCGUCGCAUGGCCGAGAUCAUCGACUACCUCACGAAGAUGCGCUUUGGAGACCAGGAACAAAACAGAUCCAAGGACACAAAGGAGCCAGUAGGAGGAAUCUACUCCAGACUAGAGGCACAAUUCAAGAGUUCAACUCAAAGCAGACACACCUUCGACAAGACACCAAGACCUAAAAUACGCUAUGCUCAGAUCCGGCCAAAUGUAGAGAAGUGACGGCUGAGGUUGUAUAGUAAUCCAAUAAUGUGCUCCAGGCAUGUCUACUUGCUCCGUGGCCAUUCAUCAACCCCCCACCCGCCUUUCACCCCGAGCAGCCGUCGAUCGAGCGGUCUCUUCUGCUAAACUGAGGUGACCGUGUAGGGAUCAGCAUGCGCUGCAGUUUGUUUGUGCAGCUGCGUUCAGUCCUUGAAAAACAAGGAGCUCCCUGGACCUGGGUCAGCUUAUGGGAAGCGCCGCUCUGACUGUUUGCACUUCUCAAGUGUUUCUGGAGGAUUUAUUUUGGGGCCACAGGCAAGUGGGAGCAGGGGAGGGGCUUCAAAAAGGACAAUGUGAGAGCGUAUCAUAGUAGCUCACAUAGCGUAUGAUACUAAGAAAACAUGUUUCCGGUCUGACCUGUGCUCCAUGACAGCUACAGAGUAGCGAGCAUGAAGCAAGAAUGUGCACGUGUGUUUGGUGAGCUCUGUGAUCCCCCCAUCUUCAUCACCAUCACUUAACUUUGCCACCUUGCAGUUACCACAAUCCUUGUUUAAUGAAGGGGGGGGGGGUAAAUAUGGUGUUUUGACUCACUAUCAAGUUGACAAAUCUUGACAAUUCGCUAUACUACACUGCUUUAAACAGAAAUAAAACAUAGCAACAGAACACUCCUGUUUUUGUUUUUUUUAAUAUUCCAUGCAUCCAACCCCAGUAAUGUACAGUGCUUUAAAAAAAAAAAAAAAAAGUAUUGAACCCUUCUCAAUUUGUUUGCAGUUUCCCAUUUGUUUAAUAUCAUCCCCCCCAAAAGUUUU